UGACACUGAUAGCUUCUAGCCUUAGUGCACUACAUUUUAACCUUUCUGAAGUGAGCCAGUUUGAGAUUGCAACAUUUUGUUGCCUCAGUCACUUGUGUAUUGAAGGUUAGGGAGACGUGUAUACUUGGAAACAACUGAAAUUCUGUGUAUAUCAUAUUUAUACAGUUGGGAAGAAUGAGUGAUGAGAGCAGUGUUCCGGUAGAUGGGGAGGAGGCAGCCCCUUUCCUGUCAAACCUUGACUUCUUCAUCCUGUCCCUCAUGGCUGGGAUGGCUGUCUACUGGUUCUUCUUCAAGAACAAGCAGAAAGAACAGCCAACGUUCAAAAAGCUUUCUGUUGCGCCCCUGUCUCGCAGUGCUUCAUACGAUCCCAGCUUUAUCAAUAAAAUGAAGAAUUCUAAUCGUAAUGUGGUGGUGUUUUAUGGAUCUCAGACGGGUACAGGGGAAGAGUUUGCAGGUCGGCUGGCCAAGGAUUGUGCAGGGUAUGGAAUGAAGGGCAUGGUGGCUGACCCAGAGGAAUGUGAAAUGGAGGACCUUUCUAGACUUACUGAAAUUGAUAAUGGGCUGGCUAUAUUCUGCAUGGCAACAUAUGGAGAAGGGGACCCCACAGACAAUGCCCAGGAGUUCUAUGAGUGGCUACAGACUGGAGAUGUCGAACUCAAUGGCGUUAAAUUUGCGGUUUUUGGGCUUGGCAACAAGACAUACGAGCACUUUAACGCUAUGGGGAAGUAUGUGGACAAACGUCUGGAGGAGCUUGGGGCUGAGCGUGUGUUUGAGGUCGGGUCUGGGGAUGAUGAUGGCAAUAUAGAGGAAGACUUUGUGACGUGGCGGGAGAAAUUCUGGCCGGCAGUUUGUGAACACUUCGGUGUUGAGGCCACGGGGGACCAAGUCAAUGUAAGACAAUACACUUUGACAGAACACGACGACCUGCCAGCAGAAAAGGUGUUCAGAGGUGAAAUAGCCCGACUCCGCUCAUUUGAUAACCAGAGGCCACCAUAUGAUGCUAAGAAUCCGUAUCUUGCUGCGGUCAAGGUCAAUCGGGAACUACACAAAGGCGGGGAUCGGUCAUGCAUGCACAUUGAGUUCGACAUCUCCGGCUCCAAGAUCAGGUAUGAAGCUGGAGACCAUGUAGCUGUGUAUCCAAUGAACGAUCCUGACUCUGUAAAAGCUAUCGGGAAACGCCUUGGUGUUGACCUUGACAAGAUUAUCACUCUCACAAAUGUGGAUGAGGAGGCCAGCAAGAAGCAUCCAUUCCCGAACCCAUGUUCAUAUCGCACUGCCCUGUUGCACUACAUGGACAUAACUAGCUGCCCUCGCACACAUAUUCUCCGUGAACUGGCCGAGUAUGCUGAGGAUGAGAAGGACAAGGAAUUCCUGCUAAAACUCACAUCCGCCACACCGGAAGGCAAGAGCCUGUACAAUGAGUGGAUAAUCAAGUCUCACAGGACCAUCCUCCACAUUCUAGAGGACCUUCCCUCUAUCGCUGCACCUAUCGACCACAUAUGUGAGCUACUGCCUCGCCUACAGGCCAGAUACUACUCCAUCUCAUCAUCACCAAAGCAAGAUCCCACCAGUAUCCACAUCACUGCCGUGUUGGUAGAGUAUGAGACGAAAACCAAUCGUACCAUCAAGGGUGUGGCCACUAACUGGCUUGCACUCAUGAAACCCGCAGAGAAUGGCGCUGUACACAGGGUGCCCAUCUAUGUCAGGAAGUCUCAGUUCCGGCUGCCCUUCAAGACCGCCCUGCCUGUGAUCAUGAUAGGUCCAGGGACAGGGCUGGCCCCAUUCAGGGGCUUUCUCCAGGAGAGGCACUACCUUAAGACUGAAGGCAAACCGGUUGGGGACACAAUUCUAUACUUUGGUUGCCGGAAGAGUGCAGAAGACUACAUUUAUGAGGAUGAGCUGGCUGAGUACAUGAAAAAUCAGACUCUCACAAAGCUGCACCUAGCGUUCUCUCGGGACCAGGAAAAGAAGGUUUACGUACAGCACCUGCUCAACCAGAAUAAGGAGGAGACAUGGAAACUGCUGGAGGCUGGAGGACAUCUCUACGUUUGUGGUGAUGCCCGUAACAUGGCGCGUGAUGUACACGACACUCUGAUGAACAUUAUCCAGGAGUGUGGUGGGCUUGAUUCCUCCCGUGCUGCAGACUAUAUCAAGAAACUACAGAACAAGGGUCGCUACUCAUGCGAUGUCUGGAGUUAAUGGCUACUACUGUAAUAGUUAUGAUAAUUGAAACAGUUACAAACAUUAUACCAUAAACAGUACUGUAUGAUCCCACUCAAAUUGUUAAAAAAAGAUUGGUUUACUUAUGGGAAAUGGCACAAAUCAUAGUCACACUUAGUCAUGGCUAUUUCAUUUAAGCCUUCAGUAGACCAUGGGAAGACACUUUCAAAUUGUACACUUUAGACAUGUUUUAAAACUUGUUGUAGCAAAAUUGAGCAGGAAACUCCCCUAUAGAAAUCUGGGUUGGCUUGUAGGUUUAAAUGGAAUAACCCUUACUGUUAUCUGUCUGAUAUAAAACUUUUGAGACUGUUUUAUUUUGGUUUGUAAGCAUUACACUUAGAUUCAUAAAGUUUAAUUUUUAUAUUUAAUCAUGUAUAGUAUUUUACAUUUUGUAUUUUCAGGCUGGUUCUUUAUAUUAAAAUGUAGAUAAACUUGUUUUAUGAUGAUCAGCUGAAUGUGUUCCUAAUGAUGCAUGUGUAUUAGUGUUCUCUUGGCUUUUGAACAGCAACUUAAUUUACAUGUCAAAGUCCCACCAUUACUUUCAUAUUCAAGUCAAAUUCUUACAUGAAGUUGUUUCAUCUAAAUGAUCUUUCAAAUAAUAAAAAAUAUUUCUCAUGUAUUAACUUACUUAUUUUCCCCUGCAGGGAGGGGAUAUUUAAUAAAGUAGAGUGACUUUGACUGUUGUACUUAAGCAGUAUAAGGUUGUGGUAAUUGUGUCAGCCCUUCACCCAGGAUGUCUUGGGUUGGAGGCCUAUCACUUUAUCAUGGCCUCUUAAAAUGGACAUCUUACCUGUUUUUACCUAGGAAAUGGACCAGAGUGUGUUUCAUAUGAACUUGCAUGUAUACCCGGUAGCUGUAAUCACAAUCAAGCUAAAAUAAAUUGGUAUUAACUUAUUGUUGAUACAAUGAACCUGUUAGUGUAAAUAAUAUUAUUUUUUGUACAAGUUGUAAUAUUUCUAGCAACCUUUCAUAGCUUAAUAAUGUACAUGUAUCAUUCAUAAUGACUUUUAUAGGACCAUAAAUAAUAUGUACAAUCAUGUAUAUCAUGCAGAGAAGUAGUAAUAUUGUUAGCUUGUCUGGCUCGAAGAUAUAGGUUAAAGUAUUGUCAUGACCUUAGUGUCAUUGUAUUACUAUCAGCAGGCAAAAACUUAACAUUGGUUAUUAUUUUAAAAACAUCCAAGUUAUUCAAAGAGACUUGGUACACAUGUUCAUAUAUACUAUAGCUUUAUUAAUUGUUGGGUUAUGCUAGUUGUUUGACUGAGAGAACAAACACUGCCCAAUAUUUAUGUUUGCUCCAUGGCGCUCUUAUUUGCACUCUUUGCUUAAGAAACAAACCAAAAACACUGUGAUUGAAUUUUCAGCUGUAUUUUGUAUAUUUUUAGGAUGAUAAGAAAUCAAUGAGUCAAAAGUUUGAUUGUAUUUCUGUAAGAAAAAUAAAGCUUUUAAUUUAGA